AUAUCGUUGUCGAUGCGAAUCUGACGUCAUUGUCAAAGAUGGCCGCUGGGUUACAGGAGUGUAGUAUUAGGACUGGGUUGGUAGGAAUUUGUAGGUGUGUCAGACUAGUGUUCCGACAAUAAUGCCGAUAAAAUGCUGUUGUAUUAGUAUUACUGUGUCCGUACGUAGUUGGGAAAGAGCGUUAAUUCUGUGUGUGAGAUUUAGGUAAUAAUAAUAGUCGUAUGUGCCGUAUAAUAAAGUGAAUCAUUCCACUCUGAUUAAACUGUAGACAUCGCUUGUCGUAUGUAAUCGGAAUUCAUAUUUAGUUGUUUCGUGUCGGUGCUUCAUUAUAACAAGUGAAGAUGUGGAAUAUGAUGUGUGAUGUGAUGCCUACCAUAUCAGAAGAUAGUAUAAGCCAAAUGAACUCGCAAUUCUCCGGGGAAGAUGCGAACUUUGAGCAGCUCAUGGUGUCUAUGUUGGAUGAGCGCGACAAGCUCAUGGACAGUUUGCGGGAGACACAGGACCGACUCAGUGAAACAGAAGCCAAACUUGUGGAGGUAGAGAAGGAGCGAGACUCCCUUCAGCGGCAGAUCUCGGCCAACCUCCCCCAGGAGUUCGCGACGCUGACCAAGGAACUGAACCAGGCGCGGGAACACCUGCUGGAGCGGGAGGAGGAAAUCGCAGAGCUCAAGGCAGAACGCAACAAUACUCGGCUUCUGCUGGAACACUUGGAGUGUCUCGUGUCUCGCCACGAGCGGUCGCUGAGGAUGACGGUUGUGAAGCGACAGGCGGCAGCUCAGUCCGGUGUCUCCAGUGAAGUCGAGGUGCUCAAGGCUCUCAAGAGCCUCUUCGAACACCACAAGGCGCUCGACGAGAAGGUGAGAGAGCGAUUACGGGUGGCACUGGAAAGAGUAGCAACCUUAGAAGAGGACCUUACAACAACCAAAGAUGAAUUACAACAGUACAAAGUAGGUCGCAUCAUUCCAACAGGGGAUGACAUGGUGAGCAGCAAACCAAAAGAAAAUGGUCAGCAGGAUCCGUCAGAGGAUAUGAAGAGUGGGGACCAAGGCACAACACACACCCCAUUACCUAAGCGUCUGUCUAAUGGUGCCAUCGAACCUGACUCUGAUGUGGCACGAGUUCUUGAGCUCCAGAACACAGUAGAUAAGCAGGCUACAGAGCUGAGUACAUGGCAGAGGCGAGUAUCAGAGCUAUCGGGUAGAAUCUCAGAGUUAGAGGAAGCUCUUGCCAAGACUCAGAAAGAGCUGCUCAAGGCACAGGAAGCCAACGCAAAACUGCAGCGGGAUCUGCGUGAGAACGUGGCGCAGAAGGAGGACCAGGAGGAACGUAUUGCUACACUUGAGAAGAGGUACCUGAAUGCCCAGCGUGAGUCAACGUCUCUUCAUGAUCUAAAUGAGAAAUUGGAGCAGGAACUCCAACACAAAGAGGCACAACUCAAGCUGCAGGAGGAGAAGAUCCGAGCAAUCCAGGAGAAGCUAGAACUCUCUGAACAGAAGUUGGCUCAAUUUGCUAAACUUCCAGAAAUGGAGGAAGAGCUGAAGCAGAGGAUGGAGGCCCUUACGCAGGUGAGGGUGCAGGCGCAAGAGCGACAUGGCUCAGCUGAGGACCGCAUCUUAAGGCUAGAAGCUCAGUUGGAAGAGAAGAAUGCAGAAUUGAUGCGACUGAAUCAGAGGCUCAAGAUGAAUGAGGAACACAACACAAGGCUGUCCUCCACUGUUGACAAACUGCUAUCAGAAUCCAAUGAGAGGUUACAGGUCCAUCUGAAAGAACGAAUGCAUGCAUUAGAAGAAAAGAAUGUGCUCACACAAGAACUUGAGAAAACACGGAAAGUUGCAGAGGAUUUACAAGGGGAAAAGGGUGACAUUGUCAAGGAGUUAGGCAAAGCAAGACUAGAAAUUGACAAUGUUAAAAGACAAAUGUUGCAGCAAGAAAUUGCCUUUAAUAUUCAACAGACUGAUGCAUUAACAAGGAGCCUAUCUCCAAGUGCCGUGGCUGAUCCUAGCAGUUUUGUGCGGAGUUCAAGCCACACGAGUUUUGACACUCACUCUUUGCCACGUAGGCCACAAAAAGGCAGGGUGUCAGCCUUGGAGGAUGAUCCCACUAAGAUACAUACGCUGGGGGAACAGGAGUGGGAGAAGAUACAACAGGCACAUGUUUUGGCAAAUGUUCAGCAAGCAUUUGAUGUAUCAAGUGAUGCUGAAGUUGAGGACAAUGACAGUAUUUUUAGCGUGGCAGAAAUUCUCUCACCGUCUGGUCACACUGAUGCUCAGACCUUGGCCAUGAUGCUGCAGGAACAGCUGGAUGCCAUCAACAAUGAAAUCAGGUUAAUUCAGGAGGAAAAGCAAAGCACAGAAGCAAGGGCUGAGGAGCUGGAGUCUCGAGUUGGCAGUUUGGAGCACAUGAACCUGCUGGUACGGGGUAGAAGCUUUGAACGGUCAUCACCACCCCUCAGUGGCCGCUCCACUCCAAAGUCACAUCUUUCUCCCCAGAGAGAUUACCUUCAUAAAUAUCACACUGCCCCUGCCUCUAUGUCUCCGGCCCACCUGCAUCAGUAUGCCUCCACCUUGAGCCCAGGCCAACUCUCUGAGUCACUGCCUGCUAGCCAGCUUCAGUUGGCACCACUGUCAGCAGAGCUUUCAAAAGAAGAACUGCAUUCUGUUACAACUGGUGGUGACAGCAGUGGUGCAGCUAGUCCUUUAACAGCAAGAUCACUCAGGCUAGAAAGAGUUGCUCAGGCAUUAGCCCAAAGCCAGGAGGAACUUCGCAGGCGAGCGGGCUCUCCGGCCACGCUGCCUCCCACCGGCCUCACGCUCAGGCCUGGAGAUUACUCCACACCUCCCUCUCCUCUGUCUUCUCGCCACAGCAGUCAAGAUUCAUUGCACAAGAAUGCUGCCAGUACUACUGCCCCCACAACAGCUGGUACUUCAGCUGCAGCUGCUGCCGCCGCUGCUGCUGCUGCUGCACAGAAGAAAAAGGGCAUCAAGUCACAGCUGGGUAGAUUCUUUAGCAAGAAGGAGAAGGGCAAAUCGAAAGAGCCAUCAAUGAUGGGUGUAACAUCUGGAGACUCAGCUGUUAUGACCUUUACCUCAUCAUAUGGUGAUGCUGAUAUGAGCGGUGCUGAUACACUCAGUCUCAGUGGAGGGCUUGGUCAGAAGGGAGACUUUGACAGGAGAAAGAAGAAAAAACAUGAACUUCUAGCAGAAGCAAUGAAAGCAGGGACUCCAUUUGCUUUGUGGAAUGGACCUACCAUAGUGGCUUGGCUAGAGCUGUGGGUGGGGAUGCCUGCCUGGUAUGUAGCAGCGUGUCGCGCCAAUGUCAAGUCGGGGGCCAUCAUGAGUGCCCUCAGUGAUACAGAAAUCCAGAGGGAAAUUGGUAUUAGCAAUCCACUGCAUCGUUUGAAGCUACGAUUAGCAAUCCAGGAGAUGGUCUCCCUGACAAGUCCUUCAGCACCUAAAACCUCACGCACCACAUUAGCAUUUGGGGAUAUGAACCAUGAAUGGAUUGGCAAUGCGUGGCUACCAUCACUUGGCUUACCUCAAUACAGAACCACCUUUAUGGAAUGUUUGGUAGAUGCUAGAAUGUUGGAUCAUCUCAACAAGAAGGAUUUGCGAGGACAGCUCAAAAUGGUUGAUAGUUUCCAUAGGACAAGCCUACAAUAUGGCAUUUCAUGUCUAAAAAGGCUCAACUAUGAUCGUAAGCAACUAGAAGAAAGGCGGAAAGCUUCAGAGAAUGACCUGAUAGAUGUAUUGGUAUGGUCCAAUGAACGUGUCAUACGAUGGAUUACACAUAUAGGAUUAAAGGAAUAUGCAAACAAUCUUCUGGAGUCUGGUGUCCAUGGGGCUCUCAUAGCUCUAGAUGAAAGUUUUGAUUACAACAGCAUGGCGUUGGCACUGCAAAUACCUACACAGAAUACACAGGUGCGACAAAUGUUAGAAAUGGAAUUUAACAACAUGCUAACUGUUGCAACAGAACGUCGGGUGGAAUCCGAUUUGCCCAAGUCUUGAUAUUAUACCACAAGACAUCCACACACCUAAGACUCUUUCAGAAAGUUGUUGUGGACAAGUGUUUGGACUGAGAGGACUUGGAUCCGUAGUAGCCAUUGCCUGGCAGUCCUUUCUCAGUUCAGACUGGUCAGAUGAAACACCAGCAUCAAUCAGUCAGUACUUGCAUUUUUUUCAGUCACAGGCACUUAGCUGCAUUACCACACAAAGUGAAAGCAACUCGUCUGAUUAGCCAGCAGUGUCUAUUCCAUUGUUUUCUUUUUUAUUUGUUUUUUAAAUGGUUUGAUUUCAGCCAGUGCUGAAACUCCCAUCCCUAGUCUGUGUCGUAUCAAGGCAGUUGGACUGAUGUCUGAAUGAACUGUUGUAAAUUUUAGUGUAACUGUCAAAUGAAACAAACACCUGGUAAGUAACCUGACACUACCUCCAUCCUUAUUCAGAUAUGGUGAUGUUUUUCUUACUUUCCUUUUUCUUAUUUUAAUAUUUACGAAAGGACUUACGUUACUGUUUUGUCAAUAAAAAAAAGAGCUUUAAGAAUAUUAUUAAGUAAUGUAAUUGCAUAAUUGUCUCAGUCAGUGCCAUCAUUAAGAGGACUCGCGGAACAUCAAGUCAGUAAUCCGCUUACCAUAUUAUGUGUUGUGUAAACAGUUUACCUUUAAUCCUUCCUCUGAAUUAAAUCCAGCCCUGUUUCCAGUAGAUCCUUCCUCCCUCCCUGUACUUGACAAAAUUGGUGCUUUGUUGUUAAAAUGUAUGAUUAUUACAGAAAGUGAAGACUUGUUUAAAAAAUAUAAGUUGGUAGGGAGUGUUGAAAUUGCAGGACAUUUACGGGCCUACAAUUUAAGAAAGAUGGAUAAUGAAGUAGAUGAUAUGAACUGUAUGUCUUAUUAUUGAUUAUAGUUUAAUGAAAUGGUUACCAAAGUAAAUUGGCAGUUGGCCAGUUUGUUGAAAUGAUUGUACAAAAGUGUAAUGAAUGAAAGAUUAGGAAAGAUCCAUUUCAAGUACAUGAUGCAGUUGCUGAAUGUAUCCAGUAUUAUUUUAUACUCUGAUCAUGUUCCGAAAACUUAGCCCUUCACAGAAGAAUCCUGAGUAGGAGAUCAUAAUAAACUUACCUUUUUCUAAUAACACCUUGGCUCUAACAAGUAUUUCAUGCUGCAUCUUCAUUAGUUAUCUUUGCAAUGCUGUUACUGAUAAAAGGACCAAGCCAAUAAUAAUGGUAAGCUAAUAUAGUAGACAGAAGCAGCUGCAGGGAUCAUAAUCAGUACAUACUGUGUGACACGUCAGGACAUACAGAAGUAUACUAUUUGUUAUAGUAACCUCAGUAAUAUUAGGAAAGUGAUUGAUUCAUAAUUGCAUAGAUGACUGCUUUGAGUAUGUGUUAUUUGGAUCUUAUUUCAGCAGAUUUAUUCUGAUAAAUAAUGAGCCUGGAGAUUACUCUGUACAAAAUUUAUUCCAUUCAUGUGACAGUUCAUUCUGAUGGAAAAUAAUACACAUAGUUCUGUCUAUAUGAAUUAAAAAGUGACUGUUUUUACUUGUUUUGAACUUUCCCCGAAUGCAUGAAAUUAUUUGUCACUAAGCAGUUCAGAAUCCAACUGGACACAGUCAAAUGGAACUGCAAAAACUUAUAAUAUGAUGUCUUCCAGGAUGUUGCACCAUG